AUAAUAAUUUGUUCUUAACUGACUUGCCUGGUUAAAUAAAGGUUAAAAAAAAAACUUUUCCUUAAAGAUGUUUAAUUUAGCUGAAAGCAAAGUCCCGUCUCUGUGGAAAACCACGGUUUCUGUCCCCAAAACGGUGAAUAGAUCUCCGUUUGGGAUGCAGCCCAACUGAUUACAGGUAGUCUUUGCCCUGGAGGGACUGUUGCAGGAAGAGACAGACCGGAGCGCUGUGGAAGAGGUGAGAGUAUUCGACAGGAUCUUGUGUCUAUCAGGACAGUGAAAGGAAGAGGAAGGUUUAUUGCCUGGUUAAGGACACAGGUAUAUUUCUCUGAAUGAUUAAGACUUAUUACCUGACGAAAAUAUUUUAGGAGGGUAACAUGGAUCAAUCGAAAAGAAGCAGUGAAGUCCAACUCCCACCGCCCUACUCUCAGGACGAUGGCCAACAGAACACCUAUGGCCAACGGAACAACUAUGGCCAACAGAACACCUAUGGCCAACGGAACACCUAUGGCCAACAGAACACCUAUGGCCAACGGAACACCUAUGGCCAACGGAACACCUAUGGCCAACAGAACACCUAUGGCCAACAGAACACCUAUGGCCAACGGAACACCUAUGGCCAACGGAACACCUAUGGCCAACAGAACACCUAUGGCCAACAGAACACCUAUGGCCAACAGAACACCUAUGGCCAACAGAACUCCAGUUCUCCCCACUACGGUCUGAACGUUGGCCCUGGCAACAUAGCCGUGGUCUCUCCAGCGGGGCGGUAUAACGACGUGGGUCAGGGUCAUCCCGAGGACCAACAACAACAAUGGGCUGCUCCACUACCACCUGACUAUUCCACCGGGCUGGAGGACACCGGCUGCUUUGAUGACAAGGCUAUAAGAAGAGGCUUUAUAAAGAAGGUGUACCUGACUCUGAUGAUUCAGCUUCUCGUCACCUUUGGGAUCAUCUGUGCCUUUCUGUAUUGGGAGGCUCUGAGGCUCUGGUCCAUGAAGACCUACUGGUUUUCUUCCUGUAUGAUAGCAGUGGUGCUUGUCAUCAUCAUUUCCUUGUCCUGUUGUGUCAACGUACGUCGGAAGGUCCCGCUCAAUUUCCUAGCCUUGGGACUGUUUACCACUGCAGAAGGUCUACUGCUGGGCUCUGUGACUGUGUUCUAUGAGGCGGAAGCUGUUAUGUGGGCUGUGGGCGCCACAGCACUGGUCUCCCUGGCUCUGAGUGUCUUCGCCAUGCAGUCCAGAUGGGACUUCACCUUAGCCAGUGGGGGCUUGUGGGUGUUCUGUUGGACUCUCAUAUCCUUUGCAUUGUUGUGUGGAAUCAUGCGAUCCCAGUAUGUGUACAUUGUGUACGCUUGCCUGGGAACCUUGCUAUUUUCUUUGUACUUGGUGAUGGACACUCAGCUCAUACUGGGCGGGAACCACAAAUACAGCAUUUCACCAGAGGAGUACAUCUUUGCUGCUCUCAACCUGUACUUGGACAUCAUCUCUCUGUUCACCAUGCUCCUGGCACUCAUUGGACUCAGCCGUUAACUUAAUACGCUGUUGUCACGUCAGAUAGCGCAACAAGCCACCUGCCCUGAUGGAGUUGAGGGACGAGCGUGGAGUAGGAAUUAGGAUAAUGCCUUUUUAAAAAUGAAAUCAAAUCAAAUCAAAUGUAUUGGUCACAUACACGUAUUUAGCAGAUGUUAUUGAGGGUGUAGCGAAAUGCUUGUGUCCCUAGCCCCAAUAGAAAUGCUUGUGUUCCUAGCUUCAACAGAAAUGCUUUUGUUCCUAGCCCCAAUAGAAAUGCUUUUGUUCCUAGCCCCAAUAGAAAUGCUUGUGUUCCGAGCUCCAACAGAAAUGCUUGUGUUCCGAGCUCCAAUAGAAAUGCUUGUGUUCCGAGCUCCAACAAAAAUGCUUGUGUUCCUAGCCCCAAUAGAAAUGCUUUUGUUCCGAGCUCCAAUAGAAAUGCUUGUGUUCCGAGCUCCAACAGAAAUGCUUGUGUUCCUAGCGCCAACAGAAAUGCUUGUGUUCCGAGCCCCAACAGAAAUGCUUGUGUUCCUAGCCCCAAUAGAAAUGCUUGUGUUCCUAGCCCCAACAGAAAUGCUUGUGUUCCUAGCCCCUAUAGAAAUGCUUGUGUUCCUAGCCCCAACAGAAAUGCUUGUGUUCCGAGCUCCAAUAGAAAUGCUUGUGUUCCGAGCUCCAAUAGAAAUGCUUGUGUUCCGAGCUCCAACAGAAAUGCUUGUGUUCCUAGCUCCAACAGAAAUGCUUGUGUUCCUAGCCCCAACAGAAAUGCUUGUGUUCCGAGCUCCAAUAGAAAUGCUUGUGUUCCGAGCUUCAACAGAAAUGCUUGUGUUCCGAGCUCCAACAGAAAUGCUUGUGUUCCGAGCUCCAACAGAAAUGCUUGUGUUCCUAGCGCCAACAGAAAUGCUUGUGUUCCUAGCUCCAACAGAAAUGCUUGUGUUCCGAGCUUCAACAGAAAUGCUUGUGUUCCGAGCUCCAACAGAAAUGCUUGUGUUCCGAGCUCCAACAGAAAUGCUUGUGUUCCGAGCUCCUACAGAAAUGCUUGUGUUCCAAGCUCCAAUAGAAAUGCUUGUGUUCCGAGCCCCAACAGUGGAUCGGCAUCAGAAAGCACUUCCAUGUUUCGUAUUCUUUGAUGUAUAGAUUUCCCCCAUUGACAUUCCAUGUUACACAACUUAAUACCUUCAGAAAGUAUUCACACCCCUUGACUUUUUCCACAUUUUGUUGUGUUAGUCCGAAUUUAAAAUUGAUAAAUUGUCAUUUAAUGUCACUGGCUUACACACAAUACCCAAUAAUGUCAAAGCGGAAUUGUGUUUUUUUUUUAGAAAUGUUUACUGAUUAAAUAUAAAAUGAAAAGCAA